AUGAUGGAUCCGCCUAGUAAAAAAAGGAAGAAUCUAGAUUUCCUGACGCAUCCAUGUUUGGGACCGUUCCUCGAAAAGUAUCGAAAUCUCGAUAACAAAGUUGAAGAGGGAUUAGCAAUAUGUACUGUUCGUCUGAGAGAACUUGUCGCUCACGCAGACGAGUGGCAUCCGGCUGUAAUUAAAAAAGAACUCGAUGAGAUUAAGGAGCUUAACUGUCGUAUGUUGGAAGACAAGUUGGAGUUGACCAAGCACGAAGAUUUUAUGCGCCUCGAAGCUUACAAGGCUAUGGUAAAACUGUACAGGGAUUGGGGAUUAAUCCCUGAGGAUGACGCUUUCUGGAAAGAAUUCGAUAUUCUACGAUCCCUCCCAUCUGAUCCUGUCGUUAACGAAGGAAUUGACCUGUUUGCUGACAUAGAUAACUCGUCAGCUGAUUCUCGUGAAGAGAACGACUGUUGGAUUCCACCGUCGUGGCUAGUGGCACCUUCAUCUCCACCGUCACCACUGAAUAAAAGAGAACUGCUCAAAUCGAUCCAGAGAAGCAAGAGAUUGUUGUUCCGCGACGAUUCUGAAGAUGGAGGUAGUCAUGAUUCUGGAGCGGUCGAUGGUCAUAACUCUGAAGCUAAUCGUGACUCUGGAUGUGAAAAUAGUCAUGAAGGAGUGGAAGAAAACCCGGAUGCGAUGGGAAACAAUGGUGAUGCUAGUGAAAGUCAGUCACCCGGACCAAUUUCAGAAGAAUCUGACCUAGAUGUCUACGAAGAAGACGUAGCUGAAGACAAGGUUUACUGCUACUGUCACCGAGGAAGUUACGGGUUUAUGGUUGCGUGCGAUGGGCUAAAAUGCAGAUACGGUGGUUGGUUCCAUCUACGUUGCACUGGGCUUGCCAAAGUUCCCGAAGUUUUCGACAGCUGGCUCUGCAAAUCGUGCAUCCGUAAGAAAGGGCCACGUUUCGAAUAUAGUAGCAGAGUCAUCAAGACCGAACCUGAAGACGACGGCGAAUACGGCGUGGGACCUCCAGCGACUGUCACAGAGGCUCCUACAGAAGUGCUUCCUGGAAAUCUGAGUCAGGCUCCCACUAAUGCUUCCUUCGAACAGUGCGGAGUUACUGGCACAGUUGAGUGCAACGAAAUGGAUGAACAUGGGAUUCAAUUCAUCGGGAUAUUUGAAGACCGUCCUUUUAUAGACCGAGUGAUAAAACAGGAGGUUCCAGAUGAUUACGAUGAUGUACAGAUACAGGAUAACAGUUCAAGCGGGUUGAUAUUGAGAGAAGAAGCUGAAGUCAUUGAACCGAGAAAAGCUUUGAGACAAGCUGAACGAGAUCACGAUGGUGCACCCGCGGAAUCGACGAUCUUCGGGCUAAGGAGUCGUCGAGGGAAAAGAUCCCGACAGAUUGAAUAG